AUGUUGGCUGAUCUGAAGAAGAAGGUGUUUUUCUUCUUAUUCUUCCUGGUAUCGACAUGGAAGAUAGCUACUGCAGCAGAAGGAAACGCUGAAGUAACCUACGACGGAAGAUCUUUGAUCAUCAAUGGAACUCGUAGGCUGCUCUUCUCAGGUUCCAUCCAUUACCCUCGAAGCACCCCUCAGAUGUGGCCAUCUCUCAUUGCGAAAGCAAAGGAAGGAGGGCUAGAUGUGAUACAAACUUGUGUAUUUUGGAAUGUGCAUGAACCUAUACAAGGACAGUAUAACUUUAGUGGACGAUUCGACCUUGUGAGCUUCAUCAAGGAAGUUCAAUCUCAAGGCCUCUAUGUGAGCCUUCGAAUCGGGCCUUUUAUCCAAGCGGAAUGGAGUUACGGAGGAUUGCCAUUUUGGUUGCAUGAUGUUCCUGACAUUGUCUUCAGGUCUGAUAAUGAACCUUUCAAGUUCCGCAUGCGAAAGUAUGUGACGAAGAUAGUCGAUCUAAUGAAAUCUGAGAGGUUGUUUGCCUCUCAAGGUGGCCCGAUCAUAAUUUCCCAGAUUGAAAAUGAAUACAAAACAGUUGAGGCUGCAUUCCAUGAAAAGGGACCUCUGUACGUCAACUGGACUGCAUCAAUGGCGGUAGGCCUUCAAACUGGUGUUCCCUGGAUGAUGUGCAAGCAAGACGAUGCUCCUGAUCCGGUGAUCAACGCUUGCAAUGGGUUGAACUGCGGAUUGACUUUUGCAGGGCCUAAUUCCCCCAAAAAACCAGCAAUAUGGACUGAAAAUUGGACCUUCAAGUAUCAAGUUUAUGGAAAAAAUCCAAGACCGAGGUCAGCUCAAGAUAUCGCUUUUGCAGUUGCACUCUUUAUUGCCAAAAAGAAUGGAAGCUUUGUGAACUACUACAUGUAUCACGGAGGAACAAACUUUGGAAAAUCUGCCUCCUCAUAUGUCACAACAGCUUAUUAUGAUCAAGCUCCUCUCGAUGAAUAUGGUUUAAUAUGGAAGCCUACAUGGGGGCACCUUAGGGAUCUUCAUGCUGUGAUCAAGCAAUCAGAGGAUGCAUUACUUUGGGGAGUGUACUCAAACUCAUCCCUUGGUCAGCAACAAGAGGCACAUGUCUUUCAAACCAAUUCAGGACAAUGUGUUGCCUUUCUUGUCAAUUACGAUAAACACGAUUCAGCGACUCUUCAUUUUCGCGGGGCUAUGUAUGACUUAUCGGCCAGAUCAAUCAAUGUCUUACCAAAUUGCAAGGAUGUUGCCUUCGAUACAGCAAAGGUGAGUGCUCAAACCGGUGAACGGUCUGCGACACCGAUUCAGUAUCUCAGUCAAGAUCAGCAAUGGCAAGCAUUUGCAGAUGAAGUGAUUAGCCAGAACAAGUCUUCAUUCACUGCAAAAGAACUAAAAGAGCAAAUGUCAUUGAUAAAAGAUGCCACAGAUUAUCUCUGGUACACCAUAAGCUAUAACCAUUCCCAACAUGAUGGUCCACAAACUCUUCAUGUCAGUUCUCGCGCGCAUGUACUACAUGUAUUCAUAAAUGGUAAACUUGUAGGUACUGUUCAUGGUGAUCAUGAUGGAGCACUACCAAAUUUUGAGCAACCCAUAGAAUUUAGGGAAGGAUGGAAUGAUAUCUCAUUGCUCAGUGUUAUGGUUGGGCUUCCGGAUUCAGGACCCUAUCUUGAGAGGAGAGUUGCGGGACUUCGACGUGUGAGAAUUCAAGGUUCGGGUGGUUCGCUAAGAGAUUUAAGAAAUUGGGUAUGGCACUACAAGGUGGGUUUAACAGGAGAAAGUAUGCUCAUCUUCUCCGAACAAGGUUCAGAAACAGCAGAAUGGAAAUCUUUACAAGGUUAUACAAACAAACCCUUGAUGUGGUACAAGACGAGAUUUGAUGCUCCAAAAGGCGAUGAUCCAGUGGUGCUCAACCUUGAAAAUAUGGGUAAAGGAGAGGUUUGGAUCAAUGGGGAAAGCAUUGGAAGAUAUUGGGCAUCUUUUAAAGCUCCAAGUGGAGACCCAACACAAUCAUUGUAUCAUAUUCCUCGAUCUUUUCUUAAACCUUCGGCCAACCUCCUUGUUCUUUUCGAGGAACUCGGUGGCGAUCCUCGCUCUAUUGGAGUCGAAACCAUGUCCAUCUUUCGCGUUUGCGGCCAUGUGUCUGAAUUACAUUAUCCAUCAGUACUUUCAAAGAACAAGGAUCCAUAUGCACUACUUCAAUGUCCACAAGGGAGAAACAUCUCGAUGAUAGAGUUUGCGAGUUAUGGGACUCCUCUCGGAGAGUGUUUAGCUUAUCCCAACAUCGGCAAUUGCCAUGCUCCGGAAUCUGAAGCUAUAAUUAAGAAGGCUUGUCUUGGUAAGCAAGAGUGCACCAUUCUUGUAACUGAUGAGAUGUUUGGAGGGGAUCCCUGUGUUGGAACUCGAAAAUCACUCCUUGUUUUUGGAAGAUGCUCUUGA